CAUAUGCAAAGCAGACGGGAAGGAUCAGAGCUGAGCCCUGGAAUUCCGAGAGCCCGAAAAUCAAUUUACAGACGGCAACAACAACGUCGGCAUCAUCAACAACAACAACAACAACAGCAUCAUCAUCGUCAUCCUGCCAGGGGUAAAAAAAAAAAACAGGAUGAGGAAUAUCCCGGAUAAAUCCCCGGAGUUUGGUUGGUUUGAGGUGGGAUCGGGAAUGAUGUCGACCUACGGCCAACUGCUCAGCGCCGGCUGCGCCUCCGCCUGCGAUGUGACCUGUCCCCAACCCUACGUCAACAGCUGCAGCGAGCCCUGCGUCGCMUCCUGCGGAGAUUCCCGAGCCAUCGUCUACGCCCCGCCCGUGGUCAUCACCUUCCCGGGCCCCAUCAUCAGCUCCUGCCCCCAGGAGAGCAUCGUGGGCACCGACAUCCCCCAAAUCGGMGGGGGAAUGGGCUCCGGAGGGGGYGGGAUGGGGUCUGGAGGUGGYGGAAUGGGRUCUGGAGGUGGUGGAAUGGGGUCGGGUGGUGGAAUGGGGUCAGGUGGAGGAAUGGGAGGUGGAAUGGGAUCUGGAGGWGGAAUGGGAGGUGGAAUGGGAUCYGGAGGAGGAAUGGGAUCCGGGGGYGGGAUGGGCUCCUGCGGGAGCGGAGGUGGCGGCGGUGGCUACGGGAUGGGCUCGGGUGGCUCCUGCGGAGGGAUGGGAGGCGGCUCCUACGGCGGGGAGGGCUCCUGCGGGGGCGGGAUGUCCCGUCUGGGCAGCCUCUACCGCGGCUCCUACUCGUCCGGCUUCGGUAGGAAUUAUUACCCCAACUUUUCCCGGGGCUAUUACAGGUAUCGCUAYGGGAACUACGGGCCUUUUUAACCCUGGGAGAACUGGGGGAUAGCCRAAGGAAAAAUAGGAUUCAAAAAGUAGUUGUUGUUGACACCCAGGCGUUCCGAGUGGCCUCUGCUCCGGCCCAUCCGGCGGGAGCCGCGGUUGUUYGGGUCUCGCCGCGCUUUAUCCAAGGCUUAGGACCCCGAUGUUCCCUCCCCCGUGUCCCCUGUUUGUGUUUUGUACUCCCCGAACCCCAAGAGUCGAACCGGCCAUGGGACUUGGCCGAGAAAGUGUCCAGCUGGAAAAAGAACGUCUUGGAAUGACCGCUGGGUUGGAGUCCCGGCUGAAAUGCGGAUUCCAAAACGGGAACCCUGAAAUGGGAACCCUGAAAUGGGAAUUCUGAAAUAUGGGAACCCUGAAAUGGGAAUUCUGACAUGGAGAUUCUGUUUGUUGACUCUUCACUGCCCCGUCCCACUUUUUGUUUGUAUUAAAACCCUGUUGCAUCACA